AUGGGAGAAGAAGCGCGGCCGCCUGUGCCGCCGCCGCCGCCGCCUGUGCCGCCGCCGCCGCCGCUGCCGGCUGGGCCGCGGCUGUAUCGAUCUGAGAGGCCGCCGCCGCCGCCCGCCUGCUCCCUCUCUAUUGUUAUUAUUUCGGCACUGCCGGCCGGCCCACAGCCGGACGCCCGGCUGUGCCCUCCGCCCUCCGCACAGACCUGUGUCCCUCCGCCGCCUUACUUUUAUUGUGAACGCUGGCGAGAGGAGGAGAGGAGAAGAGGCUGCCUGCGCCCAUUAAUAUUCGUCAGCGGGCGCGGCCGGAAUGCGGCCGCUGGCUGCCCUACGCCUGCGCGCGCAGCGCAGCUGAUUAAUAAUGGCCCGGGAGCUGCGCCGUACGGGGUCUUCGAGUACGGCUCCCGUCUUCACCUAGCCUCCUGUGCUGUCGUCUCCAGCCCUGCCAACUGGUCCCUCGGUGCCUGCUCUUCCAGCACCGUCUGCUCCAGAGCUACCGGUUCCAGCGCCAUCAGCUCCUGUGCAUCCGGCACCUGCACUGACAGCUCCCUGCCACCAUCUCUGGCCCCACCAGCUGGUCCAGCACUGCCAGCUCAUCCGGUGCCUGCUGCUCUGGGGCCGCUGGCUCUGUCAGCUCCUACACCUGAGUCUCCACUAGUUCCUGCACCACGGACACUGCCAACUCCUGCGCCAUGGGCCUCGUCGGUUCCUGCACCACUCAUGAUCAGCCUGAGUUACUAA